AUGGAAUUUGAAGUUCAUGAUAUGUACUUUGAGAAGAGUUCACCGUCAACCAUUUUCGUGUCAGUAAGGAAUGCCGACACAAAUGCCCCCCGAGUGUCCUGGAACAUGGGUCUUAGCUUGUUAGAAGGUCAAUCUCGUCCAAUUACAUGGAACCAGCUCCAAAUUGUGGAUAAUGACAACCUAAACGCUGUUCGCAUCAUCACCGUGGAUGGCCUGCUGCAUGGGCGGCUAACUGUAAAAGGUGGAAAGGCUUUUAUGUUCACAGUAAGUGACAUAAAAGCGGGCAUGGUCCACUAUCAUCAUGAUGACAGUGACUCUACCAAGGACUUUAUCAUCUUCCGCAUUUCCGACGGUCACCAUCAGACUCGACACAAGUUCCCCAUCAAGAUCCUCCCCAAAGAUGACAGUCCCCCUUUCCUUAUAACUAACAUGCUGCUGGAGGUUUCUGAGGGCCACACGGCUCUGCUGAGAGGCUCCACCCUUCAGGCCUCAGACAUGGACUCCAGCGAUGACUACAUUCUGUUCAAUGUCACUCGCCUCCCUCAGGGAGGAGAGCUUAUGAAAAUCCCAGGACCAGGGCUGGCAGGUUACCCAGUCACCCACUUUCUCCAGAGGGACCUCUCUCAGUCCAUAGUUUAUUACAAGCACCUGGGGAAUGAAGUGUUUGAUGACUCCUUUGAGGUGGUGCUGUCUGAUUUCCACGACCCUCCAAACCUGUCAGAGCCUCAAGUGGUGAUGGUGCACAUAGAGCCUGUUCCAGACCAGCCACCUAAAGAGGUGCCUGGUUCCACUCGAUGUUUGGUGGUCAAAGAAACAGAGGUGGCCCAUAUCACACGACAGCAGCUCCACUUUGUAGACCAGAGGUCCCCGGACAGUGAGCUGACGUACACAGUCACCACCCUCCCUUUUUACACCGGUCCUCACAGAGGUCUGGAUGCUGGGAGGUUGUUCCUGGUUGACAGCAUACCAAAAUUCACCAAAGACAGCAAUGCACCGGUUCUGAGGCUCUUCACACAGCAUGCAGUGAACUUCAUGAAAGUAGCCUACAUGCCUCCGGUUAUGGACAUCGGCCCUCACCCUCAGUAUAUCCAGUUUGUCCUUUCUGUGACCAAUCACGUGGGCAAAACAGUCCCUGGGAUCUGUUUUAACAUCACCGUGAUGCCGGUGGACAACCAGCCCCCACAGGUCAUCACCAACCCUCUGACGGUGGAUGAGGGAGGGCAGAGCCGGAUCGGCCCGGAACACAUGCUGCUGUCCGACGUGGACUCUGCAGAAAAAGCCCUACAAGUGGAGCUCAGGAAGGAACCAGAGCAUGGGACUCUGCAGCUUGGUGGCCUUCAGCUUAAACCGGGGCAGAACUUCACUCUGCAAGACCUGAGAGGCCUUAAAGUUAGUUACAGUCAUGACAGUUCAGAAACUACCGAGGACAGGAUGGAAUUCAUUGCAACAGACGGCACCAAUUCUGUCAUUUUUACUUUGCUGGUGAAGGUGACACCCGUCAACGACGAGGUCCCGGUGGUGGUCACCGGUUUGAAACCAGUUCUCAGGUGUGCAGAGGGACAAGAGAUAGUCAUCACAACUGAGUAUAUCUGUGCAACGGAUAUGGACAGUGACAACGGCAGCCUGGCGUUCCUAAUUGCCCGGCAGCCUUAUCACGGUGUGGUGCUGCGAGGUGGGGUGGUGGUUGACCGCUUCAUCCAGGCAGACAUCACUGCUGGCAUCAUCUCCUACAGACACACAGGUCUAGAGAUUGGUCUAACACCCCGCCAUGACACCAUCACAUUCGUCAUUUCUGAUGGAGGGACGGAGGCUUCUGCUUUGUGUUGCGGUGGGGGGGACCCCCCCAUCAGCAGAGGCACCACUCCGCUAAGGGCCGGUUUGCCUGUGUAUGAUCUCCAGAUCACUGUGUUUCCUGUUGAUAGCCAGCCACCUUCACUAACAACAGGUGACAUCUUUAUGGUGGAUGAAGGUGGGUCUGCCUCAAUAACUGCAUCUCAUUUAAAGGUCUCUGACGCGGACACAGAUGUGGAUAAGCUCGUGGUCAGUUUGAUUUCUCCUCCCCAGUUUGGUUACAUAGAAAAUAUCCUUCCUAAUCCUGGCUUUGAGACAAGAAACACAGGCAUAAGCAUCGCUUCUUUUCCAUUCAAAGACAUCCUGGAUGGUCAUAUAAACUAUGUACAGAGCAGACACCAGAGGAUGGAGCCCACGGCUGACCAGUUCCUGCUCUGUGUGUCGGAUGGCACGCACAGCUCUGCCCAUGUCCCCUUCUACAUCAUCAUCACUCCUACAAACGAUGAAAUCCCAGAAUUUGUGACUCGCAACAUCACUGUGCGAGAGGGAGAAAUGAAGCAGUUGGAUUCAUCAGUGUUGAAUGUCAUGGACCUGGACAUUCCCAAAGACGAGCUGCUCUUCUCUGUGGUCAAACCUCCUCUACAUGGCAGCAUCAUUAAUGACGGCGACUACAAAAGAAUCACCAAGAGAGGAGGAGUCAACCUUCAGUCCUCGGUAGUGGACUUCACCAUGGCAGAUCUCACCAAUGGUUUGGAUCUGAUGUACAUGCAUGAUGACUCUGAGAAUAUGGAGGAUAGUUUUACCAUCCAGCUAAGUGAUGGCAGACACCGUCUCCACAGACAGCUGACCGUUCACGUGCUGCCCGUGAAUGACCAGGAGCCGCGGGUCAUCCGGAAUAACGGCCUGGAGGUGGAGCCAGGAGAAGCCAGGAUUAUUUCCAGCGUUAGGCUGUUCGCUCAGGAUAGAGAUACCCCCUCAUCUGAGCUCAUGUACAUCUUUGAGAGUGUUUCAUGUUAA